AUGUCCUCCGAUGAGAUUGUCUGGCAGGUUAUCAACCAGCAGUUCUGCUCUUACAAGCUCAAGACAACCAAAGGCCAAAACUUCUGCCGAAACGAAUACAAUGUCAGCGGCCUCUGCAACCGGCAGUCCUGCCCGCUGGCCAACUCGCGGUACGCCACGGUGCGGUCUGAUCCCGAAACGGGCGCGAUGUACCUGUACAUGAAGACGAUCGAGCGCGCCCACAUGCCCAGCAAGCUCUGGGAGCGGAUCCGGUUAUCGUCGAACUACGCCAAGGCGCUGGAGCAGCUGGACGAGCGGCUGAUCUACUGGCCCAAGUUCCUCAUUCACAAGUGCAAGCAGCGGCUCACACGGCUGACGCAGGUGGCGAUCCGGAUGCGCAAGAUCGCCAAGGAGGAGGAGCGGCUGGGCGAGCGGAUUGUGCCGAAGCUGGCGCCGAAGAUCCGGCGGAGGGAGGAGACGAGGGAGCGCAAGGCGGAGUCGGCGGCGAAGGUGGAGAGGGCUAUUGAGCGUGAGCUUAUUGAGCGGUUGCGCAGCGGUGCGUAUGGUGACCGGCCGCUCAAUGUCGAGGAGGGGAUCUGGAAGAAGGUGCUGCGUGGCUUGGAGCGCACGGGUGAGGGUGAGCGGGAUGAGGACCUCGAUGAUGGCGAGGAGAUUGAGGAUGAGGAGGAGGAGGGCGUUGGCGAAGUCGAAUAUGUUAGUGAUCUCGAGGAGGAUGAGGAUCUCGAGGACAUUGAGGACUGGUUGGGUGGCGACUCGGCCGACUCGAGCGAUGACUACGAUGACGAUGAGGAGGAAGACAGUGAUGAUGAGGAUUCCAGCGCUCAUUCCAGCGGGGAGGAGGAUGUCAAGAAGCCCAAGCCUGGAGCCAAGAGAAAGCGUGCUGCACCACCAGCCAAGCCCCGGAAGAAGGGCCCUCGGGUCGAGAUCGAGUACGAGACCGAAGGCGUGGGCAAGGAGAGCGUCUUUGCCUAG